UUGGAAACGAUCUAGAAACUUGAUACUACUUUUCAAUGGCUGUUGUACCACUUCAGACCAAACAUACUCUACGUCGCAUCACCAACAACAUCCCAACAAGUCACCGUCCGUCGCUUCUCCGUCUACGUUUCACGUGCUCAGUUACUACCACCACCAAGUCUAGCCCGAACCGUCAAAACCUUGUGGCUGUGAAUCCUCCUCUGUCCAACGACACAGCUUUGCGAUCUACAUGGUGCAACCGCUUAUGGGUUUCAGCUGGCUGCACUACCGUGUUUGUCUCUUUUGUCAAAUCUAUCAUUGGAGGGUUUGGUUCAAACCUUUGGCUCGAACCAGCUUUAGCCGGUUUUGCCGGUUACAUCUUAGCAGAUCUAGGCUCUGGAGUGUACCACUGGGCCACUGAUAACUACGGAGAUGGGUCAACGCCUCUCGUAGGAACCCACGUCCAAGAUUCUCUUGAUCACCACGAGUGCCCUUGGACAAUCACCGAACGGCAGUUUGCAGACAAUCUACACUUUCUGGCUCGUGGCACAACCUUGAUGGUUCUCCCACUAGACCUUGCAUUUGAUGACCAUGUGCUCCAUGGCUUUGUAAGCACGUUUGCGUUUUGCGUACUGUUUUGCCAGCAGUUUCAUGUUUGGGCUCAUGGGACCAAGAGCAAGCUUCCACCUCUUGUGGUCGCGUUGCAGGACACUGGACUGCUCGUGUCACGGACGCGGCACUUAGAUCAUCACCAAGCACCGUAUAACAACAAUUACUGCGUGGUGAGUGGGGUAUGGAAUAAGGUUUUGGAUGGGAGUAAGUUCUUUGAAGCGUUAGAGAUGGUGGUGUAUUUCAAGCUCGGGGUGAAGCCAAGGUCAUGGACCGAUCCAAACUCGGAUCAUUGAUUGUUUACAUAUAGAAUUGAAUCAUUUGUUUAGUGUUGUUUACUUUGACCAGUUUUGUGGUCAUGAAGGGGUCUGAUAGCACCUUUUGAAACGUUGGGUGUUAGUUAGCAACAUAAGAAAACAAAGUACAAAA